CAUUUACCGCCGGGGGAGGUUAUAAAAGCCUCGGGUUGCCAGGACGGUGGCCAGACAGCUCCCGAGCUGGGCUGGAGAGAAGAAAAGGCAGCAGGAGCAACAGCAGAGGGAGAGCGGACGGCGGCGGCGGAUUUCUGCAUUUGCAAUCGCCGACGGUGGAAGCCAAACCGUCCUCCCAGCCCGGGCAGGGAACGGACCCGCUCGGCUCCGAGGAAGCAGCCGCAGGUUCGGAUCUAGAGCGUCGGUCAGCACCAGUGCAGCUAUGAGAUCGAGGCUCCUGCUGGCGGUGGCCCACCUGCCCCCCAUCAGCGAACUGGCGGAGGAACUGGCUUUGGGAGCGGCGUGCGCCAAGCGGGGUGAGCCCCCCGGAGACCCGCUGGCCUCCCGCGGCCUGGACGAAUACGUGCUGUCCAUCCGCCGGCUGGCGCAGCCCACCUCGGGCCCCGAGGAGGCUGCGGGCGGCCCGGUGAGGCCGGCCCGGGCCCACAGGACCAGGGGGAAGGCUCCGGCCUGCACGGCCUCCCCCAGGCCCGGCGAGAAGCCCCUUCCACCCCCGGCCCGGGCCGGCGUGGCUCCGCUGGCCGCACGGGGCCUUCCCGCCCUGACUCCGGCCGGUGGCGUCAACCCUUUGGACUGGCUCUUCGGGGAGUGGAGGCCGAAGCGGCCGGCCGGGAGGGACGGUCGGCGGAGGAGCGGUGUGGCCUUCGGACGCGUGGAGUCGGCCAAGGCCAGGGGCGGCCUCGAGGUCCAGCUCUGCGGGCCGAGGGGGUCCGGCGGACCGGGGGCCGAGAGGCGGACCACGGCCUCCGACCUCCACACGGUCCCGGGAUUCUCCGGCACCAGCCCCCAGGCCAGGAUAACCCACGCUGGCCACGCUCACCUGCCGGUCAUUUAUGAACUAUGACCCUUCCCCAAUCCUCACCCCCCUCCUCCCUAAUAAACGCCU